CCUCCCUCGCUCUCUCCCUCGUUCUCGGUGUGGGCAAAAGAUUAGGCUGCGAUCUGGCAGAAGGAGAGCUGCCUUUCCCACUCGCGUUCCAGACCGGCAGCGCGUCAGGGGCGGCGGACGGAGGAAGAGCAGCGGAGGAAAAGAAACACGCGCAAAAAAGAGCCAGGGAAAGAAAUGAUGGAUCAUUACGACUCGCAGCAAACCAACGACUACAUGCAGCCCGAGGAAGACUGGGACAGGGAUCUCCUCUUGGAUCCAGCCUGGGAGAAGCAGCAGAGGAAGACAUUUACAGCCUGGUGUAAUUCUCACCUCCGGAAAGCAGGCACACAGAUUGAGAACAUAGAAGAAGACUUCAGGGAUGGCCUUAAACUUAUGUUGCUCCUUGAAGUCAUAUCAGGUGAACGUUUGGCUAAACCAGAAAGAGGCAAAAUGAGAGUGCAUAAAAUCUCGAAUGUCAACAAAGCCUUAGACUUCAUUGCUAGCAAAGGAGUCAAGCUGGUCUCCAUUGGAGCAGAAGAAAUUGUUGAUGGGAAUGCAAAAAUGACUCUUGGAAUGAUCUGGACCAUCAUUCUCCGUUUUGCCAUUCAGGAUAUCUCAGUAGAAGAGACAUCCGCUAAAGAAGGGCUUUUGUUAUGGUGUCAGCGGAAGACAGCACCAUACAAAAAUGUGAACAUCCAAAACUUCCAUAUUAGCUGGAAGGAUGGCCUUGGUUUCUGUGCCUUGAUUCACAGACAUCGUCCAGAGCUCAUUGACUAUGGGAAGCUAAGAAAGGAUGAUCCUCUCACUAACUUGAAUACAGCUUUUGAUGUGGCUGAAAGGUUCCUAGAUAUCCCCAAGAUGUUGGAUGCAGAAGAUAUUAUAGGCACGCUAAGGCCGGAUGAGAAGGCCAUUAUGACCUAUGUUUCAUGUUACUACCACGCCUUCUCAGGUGCGCAGAAGGCGGAAACAGCAGCCAAUCGUAUCUGCAAAGUGCUGGCAGUUAAUCAAGAGAAUGAGCAACUAAUGGAAGAUUAUGAGAAGUUGGCCAGUGAUCUGUUGGAGUGGAUCCGUCGCACUAUUCCUUGGCUGGAGAAUCGGGUACCAGAGAACACCAUGCAAGCCAUGCAGCAAAAACUAGAGGAUUUCCGGGAUUACCGCCGCCUUCACAAGCCUCCCAAAGUCCAAGAGAAGUGCCAGCUGGAAAUCAACUUCAACACCCUGCAAACUAAGCUGCGACUUAGCAACAGGCCUGCCUUUAUGCCUUCUGAAGGGAAAAUGGUCUCGGAUAUAAAUAAUGCAUGGGGUUGCCUGGAACAGGCUGAGAAGGGCUUUGAAGAAUGGCUUUUGAAUGACAUUAGAAGACUAGAACGGCUGGAUCACCUGGCGGAGAAGUUCCGGCAAAAAGCUUGCAUUCAUGAAUCUUGGACAGAAGGUAAAGAGGCCAUGUUGCAGCAGAAAGACUAUGAAACUGCCACACUCUCGGAGAUCAAGGCCCUGCUAAAGAAACACGAAGCAUUUGAGAGCGACCUCGCUGCUCACCAGGACCGUGUGGAACAGAUUGCUGCUAUUGCACAAGAACUCAAUGAGCUGGACUAUUAUGAUUCACCAAGUGUCAAUGCCAGAUGUCAGAAAAUAUGUGACCAGUGGGAUAACCUUGGAGCGCUGACCCAGAAACGACGAGAAGCAUUGGAGAGAACAGAAAAACUCCUGGAGACAAUUGACCAGUUGUACCUAGAAUAUGCCAAGCGUGCAGCCCCUUUCAAUAACUGGAUGGAGGGGGCCAUGGAAGAUCUUCAGGACACCUUCAUAGUCCAUACCAUUGAGGAGAUCCAGGGACUGACCACAGCUCACGAACAAUUCAAAGCAACCUUGCCAGAUGCUGACAAGGAACGACAGGCCAUCCUAGGGAUCCAUAAUGAAGUGUCCAAAAUUGUCCAGACCUACCACGUCAACAUGGCAGGAACCAACCCCUACACCACCAUCAAUCCACAAGAAAUCAACAGCAAAUGGGACCAUGUGAGGCAACUAGUUCCCAGGCGGGAUCAAGCGCUCAUGGAAGAACACGCACGCCAGCAGCAUAAUGAGAGACUCCGCAAACAGUUUGGGGCUCAAGCCAAUGUAAUUGGGCCCUGGAUCCAAACCAAGAUGGAGGAAAUUGGCCGUAUCUCCAUAGAGAUGCAUGGGACACUGGAGGACCAGCUCAAUCACCUGCGGCAGUAUGAAAAAAGCAUUGUGAACUACAAACCAAAGAUUGAUCAGCUGGAGGGAGAUCACCAACAGAUCCAGGAAGCACUCAUCUUUGAUAAUAAGCACACCAACUACACCAUGGAGCACAUCCGAGUGGGCUGGGAGCAGCUCCUCACAACAAUAGCUAGAACUAUUAACGAGGUGGAAAACCAGAUUCUAACUCGAGAUGCCAAAGGAAUCAGCCAGGAACAGAUGAAUGAAUUCCGUGCCUCUUUCAACCACUUCGACAGGGACCACUCCGGCACACUUGGCCCUGAGGAAUUCAAAGCCUGCCUCAUCAGCUUGGGUUACGAUAUUGGAAACGAUGCACAGAAGAAGACUGGCAUGAUGGAUGCUGAAGAUUUCCGCACCUUCCUUAUCUCCAUUGGUUACAAUAUGGGAGAAGCUGAAUUUGCUCGAAUCAUGAGCAUUGUAGAUCCCAAUCGCAUAGGAGUAGUGACUUUCCAGGCCUUCAUUGACUUCAUGUCCCGGGAAACAGCAGAUACUGAUACAGCUGACCAGGUUAUGGCCUCAUUCAAAAUCCUGGCUGGAGAUAAAAAUUAUAUCACUGUGGAUGAAUUACGACGGGAGCUGCCUCCUGAUCAAGCCGAAUAUUGCAUUGCUAGAAUGGCACCUUACACCGGGCUGGAUUCCGUGCCUGGUGCCCUGGACUACAUGUCUUUCUCCACAGCCCUUUAUGGCGAAAGUGACCUUUAAUUACCACUUCUCUAUCCACCACACAUCUUGACCUGCUCCUUUCCAGGCGCACUUUUCUUUUUUCUCUGCAAAGCAGAUUCUGCUCUGCCUUUUCCCAACCUUCCUCUUUACCACUUCAGGUAAUGGAUCCACUUGGGGGAGGGAAGCCGAGGGAAGGAUCUUGAAACGAAAUUGCCUAUCGUGCCCCUGAAGAAUGAUGACUUACAGAAUUAUUUUCUGGUGAAAAGGUUACAUUUAAAAAAUGUAUUUUAUUAUAGGAAAAAAUAUUUUUCUCCAAAAUUUAAGCAUAAAUAGAAAGUUUAAAGAUGUGCGGGUCCUCUCCCCCUUCUCCUGCCAUUGUUCAGACAUAGGAAAUGGGAGUUCAGCAUUGCUUCCUAUAUGCUGCAGCCCAGCCCCUUGUGUCCUACCACGAGUCAACUUUUCUCAUCUGUCACUCUAUAUAUUCUUUUGUCACAUAUGUUUUCAGAGGGGAAGGCACAUAAGUGCAUGUAUUACUGGUUCACUCAUUUCAUGGAAAUAUUUUACAAUAAAAACUUUUUGAAAUUGCUGUGGUUUUUUAGGGAAAAAUAAUGUACACAGCUCAUGUUUUCAUAUUUAAUUAAAACUGCAAUAUGCCUACAAUGUGUCGUUGCUGAAAGUUGUCUUGCUUUCCAAAUAUGGCGCUUGAGAGUUGGCAUCUUUGAUAUUGCUUGUCACAGACCAUAUUAAAAAAAAUCUUGUGAUAACAAA